AUGAGGGACGACGGUGUAACGAAGCAUCAGUUACGAUUUAGAAAGCAGAGGGAUAGGAAGGAAAGAGCUAAGGAGAAGAGACAGCGCCAACGAGAACAAAAAAAAAGUGGAACUAUCGCUGGAUUUCCUCAAACAUUAGAAUCUCUUCGCGUUCCUGACGAAACUAUUCUCCCUAAGGACGAUCCAGACCUUCAAUGCGAAGCAGAUAAUGAUGAAUUUUCUCGGAUUUACAAUAAUGAAGUUGAACCUAAAAUUCUCCUAACUCAUUCAGAUCGUGUUUCUCCACGUACGAUUGGAUUUUGCAAGGAAUUAUCACGUGUGAUUCCUAACCUGACACUAGCUCCCAGAUGGCAUCAACCUCUUAAAAAGCUCAUUCCCAAAGCGAUUGAACAUGGAUAUACCGCUCUACUGGUUGUAAAUGAGGAUGCGAAAAAGCUAAACACGCUAAUUGUUAGUCAUCUUCCCCAUGGCCCUACGGCCACUUUUCGUUUAACCAAUGUCACUCCCAGACGUAAACUUCGUGGUCUAAGAAAUCGUGGUAUCGAAGAGGGUGUCGUACCUCAUCUCAUUCUCAAUCGAUUCAUGACAACUCUUGGUCGCCGCGUAGAACGAAUUAUCGGUGCUCUCUUUCCCUCGGCUUCUAGAGGUCCACCUCAACCCCAUUGUCGUACUGUUGUGUUCCAUAAUCAACGAGACUUCAUCUUUUUUCGUCACUACAGAUAUAUUCAUAAAAAGAAUGAAGAAAGUGCCUUCGAUGAGGACGAUUCCGAAUCCGGGUGUCCUAAGGGACCCACUGAUCGUGUCGCUGUAAAUGAAGUCGGCCCCAGAUUCACACUUAAGCUAAAAUCUAUCCAGAAAGGUACAUUUGAUAGCCAGUUUGGUGAUUAUGAAUGGGUGAAAAAAGGAUCCGUUUUGGGAAACUCACGAAGAACCUUUGUUUUGUAA